AUGAAACUUUUCAGGGCGACGAAACGAUCUGAGCCACCGGACUCAUGGGUGUUGGUGCACUCGCUGCAGGGCUCCGGAGGCGGCAUCCUGGACCCGGAUGACCGCCUCAGCGACGUGGUUGACGACAGAGAACAGAUCAUCGCCUGUUAUGAAGAAGAAGGCGGCCCUAGUCACCAUAUUGGGGAUGGCACGUCGGCGUCGUCGUCCCCAUCAUCGUCAGCAUCGCCGACCCACUCUCCAGCCUUUCAAAACCAUGGGCUGUCUUCCAAACACGUUUCUCGGCGUUCCGGCCUUUAG